UUUCAAGAAGGGACAUAGAUGCACAAGAGGAGCUGACGUUUGACUAUUCAGGAGGACACAGUCAGCAAACUUCUGGAGAGUUACUGUCUAAAAAAGCGGCACAGGACAGUAGAACAGAUGGACUUCAGAGGAAAGUAUGUUAUUGUGGUGCCAAGACUUGUGCAACAUUUCUGCCGCUGGACUUAUCAAUUCUGAGCAGUCCAAUUUGUACCAGCACCUUGUUACUCAAUGGCACCAGAGGCAGACAUUGGUGAUCCAAGCCACAAUUGAUCAUGUAUGGAAACCCAUUCCCGUUUGUUUUGGGAUACAUCAUGUCAGGUGUUGCCAUCCCAGAAUAGCCAUGUCGGACAAGAUGUCCAGUUUCCUCCACAUUGGGGACAUUUGUUCACUUUAUGCUGAAGGAUCCACCAGUGGAUUUAUUAGCACUUUAGGUCUGGUGGAUGACCGUUGUGUGGUACAACCAGACACAGGCGACCUUAACAACCCACCCAAGAAGUUUAGGGAUUGUCUUUUUAAGUUGUGUCCUAUGAGCCGAUAUUCUGCACAAAAACAGUUUUGGAAAGCAGCAAAACCUGGAGGCAACAGUUCUACUGACACAGUUCUCCUCAACAAACUCCAUCAUGCUGCUGAUCUAGAAAAGAAACAGAAUGAGUCUGAAAACCGAAAGCUUCUCGGAACAGUCAUCCAGUAUGGAAAUGUCAUCCAGCUGCUUCACUUAAAAAGUCAUAAAUACCUGACGGUAAACAAACGCCUACCUGCUCUUUUGGAGAAGAAUGCCAUGAGAGUGACUCUGGACUCAGCAGGUAAUGAAAAUGAAGGAUCCUGGUUCUACAUACAACCCUUCUACAAACUGCGCUCCCUUGGAGACAGUGUGGUGAUUGGAGAUAAAGUGGUUCUUAAUCCUGUGAAUGCAGGACAGCCUCUCCAUGCCAGUAGCCACCAACUAGUUGACAACCCAGGAUGCAAUGAGGUAAAUUCUGUAAACUGCAACACAAGUUGGAAAGUUGUUCUCUUCAUGAAAUGGAGCGACAACAAGGAAACAAUACUGAAAGGGGGGGAUGUGGUGCGGUUAUUCCACGCAGAACAGGAGAAGUUUUUAACAUGUGAUGAUUACAAAAAAAAGCAGUAUGUUUUUCUCCGUACCACGGGUCGGCAGUCUGCUACAUCUGCCACUAGCAGCAAAGCAUUAUGGGAAGUAGAGGUGGUUCACAAUGAUCCGUGUAGAGGCGGUGCAGGGUACUGGAACAGCCUGUUUAGGUUCAAACACUUGGCCACAGGAUGUUAUUUGGCUGCUGAAAUGAACGGGGUGAACCAACCUGUUGAGGAGGACAAUGCUGAGCAGCACUCUUUGGAUGCAGACAAUGGAGCAUUCGGAAGUCGUUUGGGAACUCGCCAGGAUAAAAUCAUGUACAGUCUGGGUCCCGUUCCUGAAGGGAUAGACAUCUCCUCCAUCUUUGAGCUUGACCCUACUACACUAAGAGGGGGGGACUCUAUGGUACCCAGGAGCUCCUAUGUGAGACUAAGACACUUGUGCACAAACACCUGGGUCCAUAGCACCAACAACCUCAUUGACAAAGAAGAUGAGAAACCUGUUAUGCUACAAAUUGGAACAUCUGCAGUAAAGGAGGACAAGGAAGCUUUUGCUAUUGUACCAGUGCCACCUGCAGAGGUGCGGGACUUAGACUUUGCUAACGAUGCAAGUAAAGUGUUGGCGUCUAUUGCAAGCAAGUUGGAAAAAGGAACCAUUACACAAAAUGAAAGAAGGUUUGUGACCAAGCUACUUGAGGAUCUAGUUUUCUUUGUCGUUGACAUUCCCAACACUGGGCAGGAUGUGUUAGAGGUCAUGGUCAACAAACCCAACAGAGAAAGACAGAAACUUAUGCGAGAGCAAAACAUCCUUAAACAGAUUUUUAAACUUCUCCAAGCCCCUUUCACAGAUUGUGGCGAUGGUCCCAUGCUUCGAUUGGAAGAACUUGGAGACCAGCGUCAUGCUCCAUUUAGACACAUUUGCAGGCUUUGUUAUAGAGUCUUGCGCCAUUCCCAGCAGGAUUACAGAAAAAACCAGGAAUACAUUGCAAGACAAUUCAGCUUCAUGCAGAAACAGAUUGGAUAUGACGUGUUGGCCGAAGACACAAUAACUGCUCUGCUACACAACAACAGGAAGCUGUUGGAAAAACACAUCACAGCUGCUGAGAUAGAUACAUUUGUCACUUUAGUAAGAAAGAACCGGGAGCAUAGGUUUCUGGACUACCUGUCAGAUCUAUGUGUGUCCAUGAAUAAGUCUAUCCCCGUCACCCAGGAGCUCAUCUGUAAUGCAGUACUGGAUCCUUCCAAUGUUGACAUCCUCAUUGACACCAAAUUGGUGUUGUCAUUGUUCGAGGUCGAAACGUCUACCAGUGGAGAGAAGCCAGUAGAACCACAGGAUGAAGAGGAAGUUUGGUUGUUUUGGAAGGACAAUUGUAAGGGAAUUCGAAGUAAAAGCGUCAGGGAGUUGGCCCAGGAUGCAAAAGAAGGCCAGAAGGAGGACCAGGAGGUGAUCAGCUACUAUCGGUGUCAGCUGAACCUCUUUGCCCGCAUGUGCCUGGACCGUCAGUACCUGGCCAUCAACAAAAUUUCUUGUCAGCUGGAUGUAAAACUGAUUCUCUGCUGCAUGUCUGAUGAAGACCUACCCUAUGACCUGCGCGCGUCUUUCUGCCGCCUGAUGUUGCACAUGCAUGUGGAUCGUGACCCACAGGAGCAGGUUACACCUGUGAAAUAUGCUCGUCUUUGGUCGGAGAUUCCUUCUAAAAUUGCCAUUACUGACUAUGACAAUGAUGGAACCAGCAGAGAUGAAAUCAAAGAGAAGUUCUGCCAGACGAUGGACUUUGUGGAGACCUACCUGAGAGAAGUGGUUUCACAAAACAUUCCUUUCUCUGACAAAGAGAAGAACAAGCUUACCUUUGAGGUAGUACACCUGGCAAGGAACCUCAUUUACUUUGGCUUCUACAACUUUAGUGACCUACUUCGACUUACAAAGAUCCUGUUAAACAUUUUGGACUGUGUACAUGUCAGUACUUUGUACCCUAAAGAAAAGCUGGAAAAGGAAGAAGAAAACAAAGCAGGCAGCAAUGUUAUGAAAUCUCUUCAUGGAGUUGGAGAGCUGAUGACCCAAGUAGUGCUGCGAGGUGGUGGACUUUUGCAGACCACACCAGCUCAUCCACCAGAGGGUGAUGUUGUAAAAACUCACAUUGACACAGAGAGAGAGGACAUCAUGGUCAUGGACACUAAGCUAAAGAUUAUUGAGAUCUUGCAGUUCAUUUUAAGUGUACGUCUGGACUAUAGGAUCUCCUGUCUGCUCUGUAUUUUUAAACGUGAGUUUGAGAACAACACACAAGGAGAAAAUGCUGAUGUUCAAAAUGGAACCAAAAAUAUUACCUGUCAAAUACCAGGUGAUCUUGACAUUGGGGUUAUUGAGGAACAAGCAGAGGGGAUCUUUGGGGGAAGUGAGGAGAACACUGUACUAGACCUGGAUGACCAUGGUGGCCGUACCUUUUUAAGGGUCCUGCUGCACUUAACCAUGCAUGACUACCCACCUCUAGUAUCUGGAGCUCUUCACUUGCUUUUCAGACACUUUAGCCAGAGACAGGAAGUUCUCAUGGCUUUCAAACAAGUUCAACUGCUGGUGACCAGUCAGGAUGUAGACAACUACAAACAAAUUAAGUCAAACCUCGACCAGCUGCGAUCUAUUGUGGAGAAAUCUGAAUUGUGGGUUUACAAAAGGCAAGGAGAGGACGGGCUCGACGCCGAUCAGGAGUCUGACAACAAGAAGGGGGAUUCACUUGUUUCUGACGAUAAAAAAGAAAGCCCAAGCAAUUACAACUACAGGGUUGUGAAAGAGAUACUACUAUUUCUCAGUAAGUUGUGUGUCCAAGAGGGGAGCUCAGGGAGAAAGAGUGAGAAACAGCAAAGGCUUCUGAAGAACAUGGGAGCACACAUUGUUGUAUUAGAGCUGCUGCAAAUCCCCUAUGAGAAGGAUGAAGAUGUCCGAAUGCUGGAAAUCAUGAAAACGGCUCAUGAGUUUUUGCAGAAUUUCUGUGCAGGGAAUCAACAGAAUCAGGCUCUGCUCCACAAACAUAUCAACUUGUUUCUCAAUCCUGGGAUCUUGGAGGCUGUUACCAUGCAGCAUAUCUUCAUGAAUAACUUCCAGCUGUGCAGUGACAUCAGUGAGCAUGUUGUGCAACACUUUGUUCACUGCAUUGAGUCACAUGGUCGUCAUGUCCAGUACUUAAAGUUCCUGCAGACUAUUGUAAAGGCUGAGAAUAAGUUUAUUAAGAAAUGUCAAGACAUUGUCAUGGCUGAGAUGGUAAACUCUGGUGAGGAUGUUCUAGUUUUCUACAAUGAUCGGGCUUCCUUUCAAACACUCAUUCAAAUGAUGAGAUCAGAGCGAGACUGCAUAGAUGAGAACAGCCCCCUUAUGUACCACAUCCACCUUGUGGAGCUGCUGGCUGUCUGCACUGAGGGCAAGAAUGUGUACACUGAGAUCAAAUGCAAUUCCCUGCUGCCUCUGGAUGAUAUUGUUCGUGUUGUCACAGAUGAAGACUGCAUUCCUGAAGUUAAGAUUGCCUACAUCAACUUCUUAAACCACUGCUACGUGGACACAGAAGUAGAGAUGAAAGAGAUUUACACCUCAAACCACAUGUGGAAAUUGUUUGAGAACUUUUUGGUGGACAUAUGUCGGGUGUGUAAUAACACCAGCUGUAGGAAGUAUGCAGAUACAAUGCUGGAGAGUUAUGUAACAGACACAGUAAUGAGCAUUGUCACAUGUUUCUUUAGCUCCCCUUUCUCUGACCAGAGCACAAGUCUGCAGACUCGUCAGCCAGUAUUUGUACAACUGCUUCAAGGAGUGUUCAGAGUUUACCAUUGUUCCUGGCUAAACCCUGUCCCAAAGGCCUCAGUAGAGGCUUGCAUCAAAGUUCUUUCAGACGUUGCUAAGAGCAGAGCCAUUGCCAUCCCAGUUGACCUAGACAGCCAGGUCAAUAACCUGUUUGUUAAGUCUAAUGCUGUGGUUCAGAAGACUAUCCUUAACUGGAAACUGACGGCCAAGAGCACUUCUAAACUUCAAGAUAGUCAGGCCAAAGAAUCUGGCCUGACCAUUACAAAGGACUACAGAAACAUAAUUGAGAGGCUGCAGGACAUUGUGUCGGCACUAGAGGACCGUCUAAGGCCACUAGUCCAAGCUGAGCUCUCAGUUCUGGUAGAUGUACUACACCGUCCAGAGCUUCUCUUUCCUGAAAACACAGAUGCACGCAAGAAAUGUGAAAGUGGAGGAUUUAUAUCAAAACUAAUCAAACACACCAAGCAGCUACUCAGUGAGAAUGAAGAGCGCCUGUGUAUCAAAGUGCUGCAGACAUUGAGGGAAAUGAUGGCCAAAGACCACGACUAUGGAGAGAAGCUGAUUGCCUAUGAUGAUGAGAUGGAUGUGGCUGAGCUUGCACCACCACCAGAGCCUAACGUUCCUACGGAGAACCAGGAACUAGAGCCACAGCCUCAGAAGCAACUGGAUGAUCAAAAAAGGGGUGAAGCUCUGCGGCAGAUCUUGGUUAAUCGAUACUAUGGGAAUGUAAAACCUAGACAAAGGAGAGACAGCGUUACAGCCUUCAGCAAUGGUUCAGUCACUUCAAGAGCACAGGGGAAAUCUCCUACAGUUGUCAGCUCGGGGGUAGGAGGCCGAGGGGACCUGAGUCUGGCAGAGGUUCAGUGUCGCCUAGACAAGGAAGGGGCCUCAGACCUAGUCAUUGACCUCAUCAUGAAUGCUACCAGUGACCGAAUCUUCCAGGAGAGCAUCCUGUUAGCCAUAGCCCUGCUGGAAGGUGGGAACACGGCUAUCCAGGCAUCAUUCUUACAACGUCUUACCGGAGACAAUAAGUCCGAGAAAUUUUUUAAAGUAAUUUAUGAGCGCAUGAAGCUGGCUCAGCAGGAGAUCAAGGCCACUGUAACAGUUAAUACAAGUGAUCUGGGCAACAAAAAAAAGGAUGAGGAUUCAUCAGAUAAAGACACACAAGGAUGCAAAAAAGCCAAGGAUCUGCCUGCAUUGACAGAUGAAGUUAAGGAGCAGCUGAUGGAGGCCUCCACUGUCACCAAAAAGCCUUUUACAAAUGACCGCCAUGAGACUGAAGCUGAAGAGCAUCCAGUGGCUUCUGAUGCUUCCCAUUUGCCAGCUGCUAAUAAGGGUCAGGAGGAGAGUGAGAUGAGCACCAUCAUCACUAUCAUGCAGCCUAUCCUGCGCCUAAUGCAGCUACUGUGUGAGAACCACAACAGAGACCUGCAGAGCUUUCUGCGCAACCAGAAUAACAAGAACAACUUCAACCUGGUGUGUGAAACAUUGCAGUUUCUUGACUGUAUAUGUGGUAGUACUACAGGAGGACUUGGCCUGUUGGGACUUUACAUAAAUGAAAAGAAUGUUGGACUCAUCAACCAGACUGUGGAAAGUCUUACUGAGUACUGCCAGGGUCCCUGUCACGAGAACCAGAACUGUAUUGCUACUCAUGAAUGCAAUGGUAUUGACAUCAUCAUCGCUCUCAUCCUAAAUGACAUCAACCCACUUGGCAAGAAAAGGAUGGAUCUAGUGCUGGAACUCAAAAAUAAUGCAUCCAAGCUUCUUCUUGCAAUCAUGGAGAGUCGCCACGACAGUGAAAAUGCUGAGAGGAUCUUGUACAACAUGAGGCCAAAAGAACUGGUAGAAGUGAUAAAAAAGGCAUACAUACAGGGUGAGGUGGAGACACCACUGGAGGGUGAGGAGAUAGAGGAGGAACAUUCUGCCUCCCCACGAAAUGUUGGCCAUAAUAUCUACAUUCUGGCACAUCAGUUAGCUCGACACAACAAGGAGCUGCAGGCCAUGUUGAAACCAGGUGACAUGUAUGGAGAAGGAGACGAGGCUCUGGAGUUUUACGCCAAACACACAGCUCAAAUUGAGAUUGUACGACUGGAUCGGACCAUGGAGCAGAUCGUCUUUCCUGUCCCAAACAUCUGUGAGUUCCUAACCCAAGAGUCCAAGCUGCGUGUUUACUACACUACAGAGAGAGAUGAGCAAGGCAGCAAAAUCAAUGAUUUCUUCUUACGCUCUGAGGAUCUCUUCAAUGAGAUGAUCUGGCAGAAAAAGUUAAGAGCCCAGCCCAUCUUGUACUGGUGUUCCAGAAACAUGUCGUUCUGGAGUAGCAUUUCUUUUAACCUGGCUGUGCUUGUAAACCUGUUAGUGGCCUUUUUCUACCCUCUGGAGGGCAUCGGAGGAGGUACACUAAAACCACAUCUGUCUGCUCUGCUGUGGAUGGUAAUGCUGUUCUCUCUGGGUUUAGUCUUCAUCUUACCUCAGCCUCAUGGAAUCCGAGCAAUCAUUGCCUCCACCAUCCUGCGUCUCAUCUUCUCUGUAGGAUUGGAACCCACUUUGUUUCUCUUGGGGGCUUUCAAUUUUAUUAAUAAGAUCAUCUUUCUGAUGAGCUUUCUUGGAAAUCGAGGAACCUUCAGUCGUGGCUGCAGAACCAUGAUCACCGAUGUUGAGUUCCUCUAUCACCUGCUCUACCUGAUUAUCGGCACCCUGGGGGUCUUUGUUCACGUCUUCUUUUACAGCUUGCUACUCUUCGAUCUGAUUUACCGAGAGGAGACCCUGCUGAAUGUGAUUAAAAGUGUGACCCGCAAUGGCCGCUCCAUUGUCCUCACUGCCGUAUUGGCUCUAAUACUUGUCUACCUCUUCUCAAUUGUGGGAUUUAUUUUCUUCAAAGAUGACUUCAUUUUUGCUGUUGACAGAAUACCCAACCAAACACUGGAACAAGGAGUCAGCAUGGUGGGGGAAUUCUUCUCUGGUGGAGAUCAUCAAACAAGCAAGCACAACUAUUCUGAAACUAUGAUGGACACCUCUUUUGCCAUUCAGCCAUCAGCCAUGGUCAUCGAAGACAAGGAGAGAACAUGUGACUCCUUAAUCAUGUGCAUCGUGACAGUACUGAGUCAUGGACUUAGAAGUGGUGGAGGUGUGGGAGAUGUCCUGAGGAAACCAUCCAAGGAGGAGCCCCUGUUUGCAGCCAGAGUACUCUAUGAUCUGCUCUUCUUCUUCAUGGUCAUUAUCAUCGUCUUGAACCUCAUCUUUGGUGUCAUCAUUGACACAUUUGCUGACCUGAGGAGUGAAAAACAGAAGAAAGAGGAGGUCCUAAAAACAACAUGUUUCAUUUGUGGUCUGGAGAGAGACAAGUUUGACAAUAAGACAGUCACCUUUGAAGAACACAUCAAAAUUGAGCACAACAUGUGGCACUAUCUCUUCUUCAUCGUUUUGGUUAAGGUGAAGGACUCCACGGAGUUCACAGGUCCAGAGAGCUACGUGGCUGAAAUGAUCAGGGACCACAAUUUGGACUGGUUCCCACGCAUGCGGGCCAUGUCCUUGGUCAGCAGUGAUGCGGACGGGGAACAGAAUGAGAUCAGAAACCUGCAGGAGAGGCUGGAGUCCACCAUGAAGUUGGUGUCUAACCUUUCUGGUCAGCUAACAGAGCUGAAGGACCAGAUGACAGAACAAAGGAAACACAAGCAACGCAUCGGCCUGUUGGGACACCCUCAGCACAUGAAUGUCACCAACACUCAGCAACUGGCAUAAAGUCUUGUUGCCUGUAUGAUGUUUCUAGACGGAUGUUGUUUUUUGUUUUGUUUUUUGUUUUUUUAAUAGUUCAAGGACAUGUUUUCACCAGAAAUAAAUUUACAGAAAGUAUUUUUUCUUGUUAAUAGUUCCAGUAUUAUCUUUCAACACUGUUCAAAUCUUAUAAAUAUUGCUCCUGGGUAUCAAACUCAUUUUGGUUCACAGGCAGCAUGCAACCUAAUGAGCUGUCAAGUGGGCUGGACCACUACAAUCAUAACUUAACUAACUGUAAAUAACAAUAAGUUCAUGUUUUUUUGCCUUUUGUUUUCAUCCAAGCCAGUAUGUUAGAUAUUUAUUAUUAUUUAUUCAUAUUUAAUGAAAUAUAGGUUUACAAAAUCCUGAACAUGAAGUGAUUGUGUAUUUUUUUAUUUUUAAAAUUAAUCAAGCGGGCAGGAUUGAACUGCCUAGCAGAUCAGUUCUGGCACCGCAUGUUUGCCCACCUGCUGUAAUCAGUUCAUCGUUGGAAUCACAGUGAUACAGAUGAUUGAUUGGAUUUGUGAUGUAACUGAUCUGGUCUCCUUGUGUGUCCAGAUCAAAGCAUAUGGUACAGGAGUACUUACUAAUGGAGAGAGUAAAUGUGCAGUAUAAAACCACACUAUUUUUUAUUAAUUAUUAGUUUGUAUCUGUUGAUGUUGCUGUAUUUGUUGUAUAAGGUAUUUAUUUUUUUCGGGAAGUGUGAAAGUACAUUUUAGUACAUUUUCAUUAAAGGACCAACCACAGAAUAAAUUCUGUUCUUAAUUAGCUGGGAUUUUAACAUGAUAGAGAGACAUGGACAGAAACAUGGAUAAGACAGUUAUUUCUAAUUUGUUUUUAGGUUUAUUUCUUUUUAUGUUUAAGGCACACACACUAUUUUCAGUCACAAUAAAUAUUGUGCAAUAUAUUAUACAGUCCUUGAAGUACAGGCCACAUUUUAGGAUUUUAUAGCAUCACUACGUAAAUACGUAUCUAGUGUUUAUUUUUGCCUAUGUAAGUAUCAAUAGUGGCACUUCCCAAUGUUGUGUUCACCUGUGUUGAUUGUUGCUGUUGUGUUUUGUAACUGCAUUAGCUUUAAAUGGAUCUUUUACCUGCUGUAGGAUUAACAACUCUAACUUAUACAUUUAGUUUCAGUCAAAGGUUGCUUGUAAAGAAGGGUUUAAUUUCAGCACUUCUAAGAUUAUUAUCACUUCAGAUUUUCUUAGAGGUAAAUAGCUUGGACUUCUUCUAUCAUAAAACUUAAAUCGCAUAAUGUCACUGCUCUAAUACUCACAACCCUCUCUCUUUGUCAAAUAAACUGAUACAGUAUUGUGAAGGAA